CACAAUGAAGAAUCUCGUCAACUGCCCUGGCUCAGGAGUCAAGGUCAAGAUUGAGUCUGAUACCCCCAUCCCCGAACCCAGCGCCAAGCAAGUCCUCAUCAAGGUCGUCGUCUCCGGCUCCAACCCCAAGGACUGGAAAGUACCAGAAUUCGCCGCUAGCUACGAUGGCCCUGACGACGACUCAAUAAUGGCAAGGGGCAAGAGGGGUGUAAACCAGGGCGACGAUAUUGCGGGCAUAGUGGAAAAGGUUGGCAAGGAUGUUGUUGAGUUCAAGAAGGGAGACCGCGUCGCAGCUUUCCAUGAAAUGGGCGGGCCUGGAGGUUCAUACGCAGAGUAUGCACUUGCGUGGGAUUGGACUACUUUCCAUAUCCCUGCCGAAAAGUCUUUUGAAGAAGCUGCAACGAUACCACUCGCGAGCCUUACCGCCGCCGUAGCUGUGUUCCGCAACCUCAAACUCCCCACUCCCUGGAAUCCCGCAACUACUUCGACACCUUUUGUGGUUUACGGCGCCAGUUCGGCCGUCGGCUCCUUUGCUAUCAAGCUUGCACGCAACAGCAACGUUCACCCCAUCAUCGCGAUUGCAGGAAAGGGCUCGCACUACGUCGAAACGCUUCUCGAUAGCAGCAAGGGCGAUAUUGUCAUUGACUACCGCAUUGGUGCUGACGAAAUGAUAAGCAAGAUUCGCGCACACCUCAAGGCAGGCAACUACGGUGAAUUGCGACACGGGCUUGACCCUGGCAUCGGGCUUCCCAGUCAGAAGGUGUUGACAGAGGUCGUCGCAUCUGAUGGAUCAAUCGAUCUUGUUCUGCCGAGUGACUGGGACGUUGGGUCUUCGCAGACCAAGACAAAAACAUCGGUCGGCACUGUUCAUAACCAGGACAAUGGCGCUCAUGGUGCUGAUGCGAGUGAUCUGGGUUUGGUAACUUGUCGCUGGUUCACGAGAGCGUUGCAGGCGGGAACGUUCGACGGACAUCCGUUCGAAGUAAGGCCUGGGGGGCUGGAAGGCGUGGAGCAGGCCCUGAAAGAUCUAAAGGAUGGGAAACAAAGUGCUGUUAAAUAUGUUUUCCGGAUUGCGGAUACACCUGGUCUCUAG